AUGGCUGCCAUACGCCUUAUACCGGUCAAGCACAUGGCGGGCAUCAGUGUCCUAGGCUGUGUCCUCAUCAAGUUGCUUCAUUUGUUUCACAGCAAGACACAGUCCGCCAUUGUUUUCGUCGCCCUUUUUGCCGCCCAGAUCACCCUCUACUCGGCGUAUGCCAUGUUCGUCUAUCCCUAUUUCGUGUCGCCUCUCCGCCAUCUGCCGCAGGUCAAGGGCGGCCUGCCUCUAAUUGGCCACGGAAUCAACAUGCGCAAGAAGGGUGUCGGCGUCAUGGCCAAGGAAUGGAUCGGCGAGAGCCCCAACGACGGGCUGAUCCGUGUCAUGUGGCACUUCAACCAGGAAAUGGUCAUUGUCAACUCGCCGCAGGCGCUCUCGGAGCUCCUCGUGACCAAGUGCUACAGCUUCGAGAAGCCGCUCUUUGCGCGCAAGUUCCUCGCGCAAAUCAUCGGCUGGGCGCUCCUCACCGUCGAGGGCGACGUGCACAAGAAGCAGCGGCGCGACAUGCUGCCGGCCUUUUCCUUCCGCCACGUCAAGGACCUGUACCCGCUCUUCUGGCGCAAGUCGUGCGAGGCGGUGCGCGAAAUGGCCGCCGGCUGCGACGACCAGGGCUACAUGGAGACGGAGAUUUCCGGCUGGACCGCGCGCUGCGCCCUCGACAUCAUCGGCCUCGCCGGCGUCGGCGUCGACUUUGGCUCCAUCAAGGACCCCGAUAACCCGCUCGCCAAGAGCUACGAGCUGCUGCAGCCCGACGAGGCCGACAUGGUGCUGCUCGGCAUGCGCGCCUUCCUGCCCGACCUCAUCAUGGACAACCUGCCGCUCCGCCGCGUGCGCGACGCCCACAAGGCGUCGGCGCACAUCCGCGGCGUCGCCCACGGCCUCAUCCAGGAGAAGCGCCGCCUGCUGGACAACAAGCAGGACGCGGGGCUGGACAUUCUCACCGUCGCGCUCGGCGGGCGGCUCUUUUCCGAAAACGCCCUCAUCGACCAGAUGAUGACGUUUCUGUCGGCCGGCCACGAGACGACGGCCUCGUCGCUCAUCUGGGUCACCUACUUCAUGGCCAAGUACCCGCACAUGCAGGAGCGCCUGCGCAAGGAGAUCCGCGACGCGCUGCCCUCGCCCGACAGCGACGUCGAGGUGACGAGCGCCGUCAUCGACGCCAUGCCGUACCUCAACGCCGUGUGCAGCGAGGUGCUGCGCGCCCACAGCCCCGUCGCCCAGUCGGUCCGCGUCGCCAUGCACGACACCACCCUCCAGGGCCAGUUCAUCCCCAAGGACACCCUGCUCGUGCUCGUCCCCUGGGCCACCAAUACCGAUCCCAAGCAAUGGGGCGACGACGCUCACGAGUUCAACCCGGAGCGCUGGCUGAGCCCCGACAACGGCGGCACCAACGCGGCCAACUAUGCGAGCGGCGGUGCCACGAGCAACUACGCCUUCAUGACCUUUCUGCACGGCCCGCACAGCUGCAUCGGCGGUGCCUUUGCAAAGUCGGAGCUGGCGUGUCUGGCGGCCGCCUGGAUUGGUCGCUUCAGUUUCGAGCUCAAGGACAAGUCGCUCCUGGACCCGAGCAACAUCAAGAUUAACCCUAGUAUUGUCGCCAAGCCCGACGGCGGAAUGGAAAUGUGCGUUCAGGUUGUCGAGGGGUGGUAG